GUAAUAAUUUAGCCCAAAUAGCUCUUUUUAGUUUAAAUACCCCAAAGUUAAAAGUCCUGUGGCGUGUUGAAAAGAACGCACGCCCACACGUAACUCAAAGUGUCCUGGGCAAGCUAUUAGCUGAGCAGCGCGAAGGAGGCGUGGCCAGUUUUCCCAGAGACAGAUGUGCUCUCCUCUGGACUGAGAGAAGCGCAGAGUCUGAUCUACUGUCAGUCUGCGCUUUAGCACAACAAGUACGUACGCAUGGGAAAAUGCGUCUGAGCUGGGAUGCUGUGAAGUCGCAAGCAUUGCAAAUGGAUGCAUUAUAUCAGAGCGCAUAGAAAAGACUGGAUUUGUCCACUAUUGGACCUUUCAAAGUGGACCAGCUCCUGCUAUUCAUACUCCGAGGUGGAAAAUGGAUACAUUCACGAAUGGUGCUAGACAGUGAGACUGGACUUCAGAAGGGCUGUUGAACUGACCUGAGAUUGAUUGUGGAUCUUUGGUUUUGGAUGUGACAGGGAGCACCAUCAUUUUACCUAUCCAUAUUCUAUAAUAUUUAUCAUGACCUCACUAACAGGGAAUAAAGAGAGGUCUGGGACCAGGAGCAGAAAAUAUGGGAUGACAGAUUCCUCCCCUACAAAGUCAGCGUCAUUCUCUCCUGAAACCUGGUACCGAAAGGCUUACGAGGAAUCCCGGAGCGGCAGCCGCCCGGUCCCUGAGGGUGCGGGAUCUAUGCCCGGCUCCUCCGGUACCCCCUCUCCCGGAUCAGGAAUGUCAUCCCCGGGUUCUUUUUCCGGCUCACCUGUUACAGUAUCUCCGGGAAUAAGCACCGGUUCGCCCGGUUCCUUAGGUGGAUCGCCAGGUUUCGGCACUGGUUCGCCAGCCUCGGGUAGCGGGAGCUCACCUGGUUCUGAUCGGGGAAUCUGGUGCGAGAACUGCAAUGCUCGGCUGGAGGAGCUGAAGAGACAGGCAUUAAAACUUCUCAUUCCUGGACCCUGUUCUAGCAAGGAUCCCUCAUUCUCGCUACUGCUCCAUGAUAAACUGCAGGUUUCCAACAGCACCCGCAAGGCGUGGAACGAGCGUGAUGGUCGCUGUGACGUGUGUGCCACCCACCUGAGUCAACUGAAGCAGGAGGCCGUCCAUAUGGUGCUAAGCCUGGAGCAGUGUGACAUAUCACCUGGCUCCCCUCCAUCCCUGGCCUCCCUGGUGGGUUCCCGCAGCAUUCUCCAAGCUCCCACGCCACCUCGAGACUGGGCGUACCAUUUCUCAGCUUCCUCCACCUCUGCUACCAUUCCCGCCACCACCUGCAUUUCUACCCCAACGGCCACCAAUGGAAGCAACAGCAGCAGCCCCCACCAUCCAGCCUACCCCAAACAUGGAUCCAAACCUAAUAGUUUGGGGGUGAGCAGUGGGGUGGACAAGAAAAGCUGCUCCCCAAAUCAUGCAGGAAAGGCGACGGCAUUGCCACAGCCCCACCUACCCAGCAGCCCCAAUAACAGCAAUGGAACUGUGUUGAGUUCUGUGGAGCUUCAAGCACAUCAGUACCUGGAGGGCACCUGGACAUCUGGGCAUGUGUCACAAGCCAAUGGGGUCACACUUUAUCCUUAUCAGAUCUCACAGAUGGUGUCAGAGGGCAACAGAGAGGGUUUAAACGAGGCUGCGCUCAACUGCUACAAUGCCGACCGCCCGUCUGCAUACAGCAGCCCUGUUGCUCCUCCUCCUGCCCCAGUCCCCACAGCGCCCUCCAGUGGCACCUCUGCCGCGGCAUCCUUCUUUGCCAGGGCUGCCCAGAAAUUAAAUCUGUCUUCCAAGAAGAAGAAGCAGCGCCCAGUGCCCCCGGUGGCAUGUUAUCCACCCCUCUUCCCCACCAAUUUCAGCGGCAUCUUGCAGGUGUCUCCGCCCCCUGCUCCACCCUGCCUCUUACGGGCAGUCAACAAAGUCAAAGACACCCCCGGCAUGGGAAAGGUUAAAGUGAUGGUACGAAUGUGUCCUUCAUCGCCCACCAGCGCGGCAGAGUCCAGCUCAUUCCUGAAGGUUGAUUCUCGUAAGAAGCAGGUGACCAUCAUGGACCCAGCAGCUAAUUCUCAACAGAAUCAAACUCAGAAACGCAGCAGCUCCAACCAGGUUCCUCCCAAGAUGUUUGCAUUUGAUGCUGCCUUCUCCCAUGAUGCAUCUCAGGCAGAGGUUUGUGCAGGAACUGUGGCUGAAGUCAUCCAGUCUGUGGUGAAUGGUGCAGAUGGCUGUGUGUUUUGCUUUGGGCACUCUAAACUAGGGAAAUCCUACACAAUGAUCGGUAAAGACGACUCUAUGCAGAGUCUAGGGAUCAUACCUUGUGCUAUCUCCUGGCUCUUCAAACUGAUCAAUGAGUGCAAAGAAAAGACAGGUGCGCGGUUUUCCGUGCGAGUGUCUGCGGUGGAGGUGUGGGGAAAAGACGAGAACCUGAAAGAUCUGCUGUCUGAAGUGGCGACAGGCAGUCUUCAGGACGGCCAGUCUCCAGGCGUUUACCUCUGCGAGGACCCCAUCUGCGGAAUGCAGUUGCAGAAUCAGAGUGAAUUGCGUGCUCCUACGGCUGAGAAGGCCGCUUCCUUCCUGGAUGCUGCAAUUGCUUCACGUUACAGCAGCAAGCCAGACUGCGAUGAAGAGGAGCACCGCAACUCUCACAUGCUCUUCACCCUACACAUCUACCAGUAUCGCAUGGAAAAGACUGGAAAGGGAGGCAUGUCGGGAGGCAGGAGCAGGCUGCAUCUCAUUGACCUGGGCAGCUGUGUGAAGGUUCUGAGCAAGACCCGUGACAGCACUACAGGACUAUGUCUCUCACUAUCUGCCCUGGGAAAUGUCAUUCUGGCAUUAGUCAAUGGCAGCAAGCACAUUCCUUACAAAGAUAGUAAGCUAACCAUGCUUUUACGAGAGUCCCUGGGCAAUAUGAAUUGCCGUACCACAAUGAUUGCCCACAUCUCCUCGUCACCCAACAACUUCUCAGAGACUCUGUCAACACUUCAAAUAGCCUCUCGUGUUCUUAGGCUGAAGAAGAAGAAGACUAAAGUAAGCGUGCAAUACACAUCCAGUUCCUCUGGUGGUGAGAGCUCAUGCGAGGAAGGAAGAAUGCGUCGCCCAACCCAGUUAAGAACCAUCCAUUCAAGAAAUGUGGUUGAUUCAGAGAUGCCCCUGUUACACCUCUCCAGUGACCCUGAAGACUACUCCAGCAGCGAGCAGUCAUGUGACACUGUUAUCUAUGUGGGUCCAAAUGGCUCAGCACUCUCAGACAAAGAGCUUACAGACAAUGAAGGCCCUCCUGAGUUUGUGCCUAUCAUUCCAUCCCUGCAUAAAAAUAAAGCAGAUCCCAACAAGGCUCCUUUGACAUCGCAACCAUCUCAACAAGAAGCUGCAACCCUGAUAGCUCAAGCCUCACAGUCUGUCCAGCCCUUGCAGAUCAACCAUCCUCAGCCACUUCCACCUGUGCCAGAAGAGGGUGCUGAGUCAGGCAAAAAGGAGAAAGACUGUCUCAAAUGCAACACUUUUGCUGAGCUUCAAGAGAGGCUAGACUGUAUUGAUGGAAGAGAAGAGGUGGCGAAAUUCCCUUUUGAAGAAGUCCCUACCAAUAGAGUUACCAAAAAUGAGCCUCUCCCUAACCAUAGUCAAGUUGUUAAAGAGAGCCAGCAAUCAAGUUCACCAAAGAGGAUCUCCAAUGACCAGCAACUGGAGGAGAUCCGUGAGGUGGUUGAGGAAGCAGAAAUUGCUCAAUCAAUUAUUGAAAGCUUGGCACAAUGUUCAACAGGCAAUUGUGGACUUUCCACGAGCAGAAGUAUGACAGGUAGCAGUGGCGUUGGGCAACUCACUCCUCUUCAGAAGACCAAAAGCUCCAGUUUACAUGACAGCAGAGAAUCCAUCAGUGGUGGGAGUAGCAGUGAGGGAAAAACUCGUCCUAUGGGCUCCCCACGGUUAGGCAUUGCCAGUCUUACUAAAACAUCAGAAUACAAACCACCAUCCUCCCCUUCUCAACGUUGCAAAGUGUACACCCAGAAGGGAGUAAUGCCUGGCACACCCCCUCACUCUUCGCAGAAUCUUUACAAAGAUUCUAGAAAAUCAUCCACAGAGUCUUUGCUUAAUCCUGAGUCUAGAACCUCUCCGGUAGGCAUGAGCCCACAGGUCCUAAAGAGAUCUUCAUCCUCCAACAGCCUUGGAUCAUCUGAGACGCUGUGUGAUGAUGUUCCCCAGUUGCCUUUGGACAAUAAGAAAGAUGCGAAGGACACCACAGCCACAGUUACACUACAACAGCCAUUAGAGCCAGAUGGAGAGGAUGAGUUGGUGUUCACCUUAUUGGAAAAGCUGACAAUUAGUGGGGUAAUGGAGAAUGGAAGACAAACCAGUAUUAUUAGCUUUAACAGUGACUGUUCAGUGCAGGCCCUUGCAUCAGGUUCACGGCCUGUUAGUAUCAUUAGCAGCAUGAGUGAGGACCUUGAACAUUACAGCACUGCCCACUGCACAACCACAGCCACCAUCUCAGAUGUCAACAUUGCAAAAUUCCUGCCCCUCAGCAGGAUUGAGGGGGAGGUGCAGGCAAGUUGUCAUUCCUCAAUAAGCUCAUGGCUGAGUGAAAUGAGUGCUGGCAGUGAUGGUGAACAGUCAUGUCAUAGCUUUGUUGCCCAGCAGUGCUUUGGACAGGGUGAGACCCUAGCUGAAGACAGACUUGUGGAAAUUCAAGAGGAAGUUGACACUGGUCUCCCUGAGUCAAAUACGCAAAAGAACUCAGAAAAUGAAAGUGAUCUCAAUAAAACUAACAAAAUUAAUGAUAAAAACAACCCUACUAAACAUAAAUGGGACAAGAUAUCGUCAACCACAACAUCAGGUGGCUAUGUUCCUUUUAAGACCAACAUUUCAACAGUUCACCCUUGUGCUGCUAUUAAGCCAAUGGUUGUACAGGACUUACUAACCAAAACCCCUUCUGUCAAUGUUCCCAAAUCUCCACCUGUUCCUAUAUCAAGUGAAAUAAAUUUUGAUGACCCUUGGAUGAAAAGGGAGGGUGCUGAAGAGACCAAGCUAAAGAAGGUGGUCAGUGAGAUAAAAUCAGAGAAGAAAACAUCUGAGUCUGUAAAGAGAAAAUGCCUUGCCGACAAGCACAGCUCAAGCACUGAAGCAUUUUCCCCUGAGUCCAUAAAUCGUGUGGUGGAUGGAUGUGAGAUGGUCUUCAAUGCAUCCGAAAGCAUAACUGAAGUGUACUCUGCAGACAUCCUCAGAACAGGGAGUUUACCUCGAGCAUGGCAUCGGUUAAACAAGCAGGAUGAUCUGGAAGAUCCCGCAUAUUGCUAUACGAGUGGAGAGUAUAAAUGUCUUGGGGUUACCACCUCUACUCCCUGCAGUCCUAGAGCCACGCUUGAAAGAAAAAGUUCUGCUGGGAGGCAGGGUAUCUUUGCCCGUCAGAAAGGAAUCCCACCUUUACCACCUGUAAGGAAGUCUAGCCUUGACCAAAGGAACAGAGCAAGUCCCCAACAUAAUCCCGGAAAUGCUCAGACACCAAACCUGCAUCUGUCUUUCCUUGGCAGCACACCCGAAGAUCUGGGUAGAAAUGGCAAACAUAAAGUUCCAAAUGCCGAAAGCAGCAGACUGUUUAGUGCCAAACUUGAGCAGUUAGCAAACAGAACCAAUUCCUUAGGUAGGUCCCAGGGGGCGCGUUAUGACUGUCAGUCCCUGGAAAGGGCUGAGAGUUUGACCUCCCUGGGUUCUAAAGGAGGUGUCACAAAAGACAGCACAAUGCCAAGGACAGGUAGAAGCCUUAACCGUGGCUUACUCUCAUCACCCACGAACGGACCAAAUGGCAACAACAAUGUACCACAGUCACCCAAAGCAAGUCAAUUCAAAAUCUCUGCUGUUAGCAAACUCCUUAUGGCCAGUCCCAAAGCUCGAAGCUUAUCAACGUCUAGCACCAAGACCCUAAGUUUCUCCACAAAGUCCCUUCCACAGUCAGUAAAUAGAAGCUCUAGUUUGCCACCCAACGGAAAGAACCAGAACCAGAACUUUUGGUCAACCCAGUCCCUGAGUCGCAGUAGGGGGACAGGACUAGUGUCUAAGCUGCCUUUAAGGGCAGUGAAUGGAAGAAUCUCUGAGCUUCUGCAGGGUAGUGCCACCUCACGUGCUACACAAGAACGAGGGACCUCUGAAACUGAAGAGAGAGGAGCAUCAGUCCAAGGAGAGGAAAGACCUGCAGUCCAUACUUUGCCUUCACCUUAUAGUAAGAUCACGGCCCCAAGAAGGCCUCACCGCUGCAGUAGUGGGCAUGCUAGCGACAACAGCAGCGUGCUAAGUGGAGAUCUUCCUCCAGCCAUGGGAAAGACUGCCUUGUUCUAUCACAGUGGUGGCAGUAGUGGGUAUGAGAGUAUGAUACGUGACAGUGAGGCCACAGGAAGUACAUCCUCAGCUCAGGACUCGAUGAGUGAGAACAGCAGUUCCAUGAGUUGUCGCAGGAGCUUAAAGAAUUCAAAGAAAAGAAGCAAUACUGGGACCCAGAGGCGGCGACUAAUCCCUAAUCUCACCCUGGAUACCUCCUCUCCUGUGAGAAAGCCUGUCAUUAGUCCAGGGGUACGCUGGGUGGACGGCCCCCUACGGCCUACACAAAGGGGUCUCGCCGAACCCUUCGAGAUCAAAGUUUAUGAGAUUGAUGAUGUUGAACGUCUCCAGAGAAGACGGAUAGUGGGCAAUAAGGAAGUGGUGUACUUUAGUGCCAAACUGAAGAUCUUGGAGCAUCGCCAACAGAGGAUCUCCGAGGUGCGGGCCAAGUAUGACUGGCUGAAAAAAGAGCUGGAGCAGACCAAACAACAUCUAAUGCUGGAGCCAGAGAAAUGGACCAGUGAAUUUGACCUUCAACAGACAUUUGAAGUGGACUCUCUUGAGUACUUGGAAGCUCUUGAGUUUGUCACGGAACGACUAGAGAACCGGGUCAACUUCUGCAAAGCUCAUCUAAUGAUGAUCACAUGCUUUGACAUCACCUGUCGGCGAAGGUAAAGGAUUCACCAUGGAGUAUUAAGGACAAUGGGAAGUUGAAAAGGCUUACGUGGGCGAGUUUGUGAGCAAGUUACAAAGUUCAUCUCUGCAAUGAUGGCUGAAAUGAAUGGGAAAAUACAAAAGGCUUAAUAUUUUUCUAAAGUGGUUUUUUUUUUGGGUGGGGGGUUGGUAAGAACGCUGGACAUGGAGAGUUGGCAAAAAGAAAAAAAAAGGAUAUCAAAAUGAGCACUUUGAAACUUUGGAUUUAUCAAUUGCAAAUAUGGUUUGCCCGCUUGCUGUGAAUAAAAGAAUAGUAUUGUCAUGUUUGGAAAAAAUUAUACAUUUGUUAAACAAAAAGAAAACAAAAAAGACAAUAAGUGCCUUGUGAACACUUCAAUAUCUUCUAUGGAAAGCUAUGGAAAGAAAUUUCCAUAUUUUUUGUACAGGUGGUGCUAGCUUAAAAAAACAUGCAUAAAAAAAUAAAUAAAAAAAAAAAAAAGGAAAAAAGGAAAAAAUUAAAAGAAAACUGCUUGUUAAACUAAGUGUUUAAACUCUUUGAGUCACUGUCUCUGUAACUUGUAUUUGUAUUGUUAUACCUUGUGUACACUAGUUACAUGCAACAUGAAUUGUUAUAUGUGUUUUAUAUUAUUUUUUGUAUUCUUGGAGACAUUGAGACCACAUAGAGUUUCAAAUGCUAUGAAAUAUGAAACCGCCCAGCACAGUAUCUAGAAGAAUGAUUCUGGCAAUGGCUUAUUGAUUGUUCAGGUCCCCUGUGGGUAUGUUGACUUUUUCAGCCGUGUGACAUCUCGGGCUGGGCCACUCCCCACGUGUCUCGGUUGAGAGGUGAGACAAAUCCUCAGUCUGGCAGGACCAACAAGGAUCCUUAAUACCGAUAUAGAAACAGAAGCUUCUCACUGCAUGCCAAAUUCUAGGGCAUUUUUAAAGCAUUGAUUUUCUGCAAAUGAAAAACUUCCUAGCCAGGGGUAAAGGAACAAUCCUUUACAAUCCUUUCCUUUUAACAAAGAAAUGUUUUUUUCUCAUGAAUAUUAAUUAUGUGAUGUUCACCUAGAAGUCCUAACUGAUUUGCUGAAAGGCAAACGUAAGUAGGUACUUGGCAUAGUAGGAUUACCAACCUGGUAUUAUGACAAGUCGUAGUAUUUUGCCAUAGUACAAGAUGGCAAAAUCAUAAGAAAUCAUAUGAGGCUUGUUCAAAACAAUAGGACUUUUACUUCCAUAGAGAUAAAUAAACAAACCAAUGAAAAAUUGUAUUACGAUUUUUCCUACGUUUGACCCCAAUCUCAAACCUUAACCUAACCAUAAAGUCUAACCCCUUAUCCAAACCUAACAAUAAUUUCAGUAGGAAAAAAAAACAAAAAACAUGUGUACCAUGGAAAAAAGAGAAACAUUGGGGUUUGGAACGAGACUCAGGGAUUGUAUUACAGGUUAUUGACAGACAUCAGUCAUUUGGCUUGCAUAAAUAAAUAUGGAACUAGUAACCACAUUUUUUAACAGACAUUUCCUUUCUUAAAAUAAAGUGUUAAGAGGCUAGCUAAAAUCAUUUUUUUGAUUGGGUCAUCUUUAUGGAAAUUAAAUUGUCACUGUGUUGGGAUUACCGCUUGCACACUCAGUUCCUAGAAUGAGCGUGCUAGUUGCGCAGAAAUUGCACAUUUCACCUUUUAAGUUACUUUUCACAUUCAAGUACUAUAUUUUUCUUUGCCCUGCAGCCAAGCAAAACAAAACUCUUAGUAUACAAUGAUUAUCUCCCAAAUAGUGUUGUACAAAUUUCUGAAAGUGGGAGAGAUAUGUACCCCAUAGUUAUAAUGGUUUUUACAACCCUGUAGCCCAAAUUGGAAACAUGAUUAUUUCUUGGAUGGGCAUUGACGGCAGAAGAAAUUCCAAUUUCCAAUAUUUGAAAUAAUCAAGGAUCUUAUAAUCGAAUAAGUCAUGUUGUAUUCCAGUAGAGAUUAGAUUGGUGCAUAUGUCUGGUAAUUGGCCUUCUCUCUAUGUGGUCUCACUGUCAAUGUGCUAACACUUUGGUAAAAAUUUGUUAUACAGUAUAUGGUGCUUGAGACAGUUUCAGCUCUAAAUGUUUAUAGGUGAAUACAUCUAGCCUGUUUCUGGUACAAACUAAAGACUUCAUACGCUUCCCCAUUCCCGCUUCACCCCUCGUCCCUGCCUUGGCCCUGCAACAUUCCCGCUGACCUUUUGGCAUUGUAAUGAAUGAAGGGUAUUAUUUAUUUUUUACCUCAGGAGGCCUGUAUGAAAGAUGCUUAUAUUCUGUAAUUUAUUUACGCAUAAUAGCCUGUAAAGCACUAUGCAUUAAAAUUGUACAGUAGCUAAAUUCAUACUAUAUAUAUAUAUAUAUAUAUAUAUAUAUAUAUAUAUAUAUAUAUAUAUAUAUACAGUAUAUAUUUGUAUAUUACACUUUUGUUCUUUAUAUAGUUUACUUUUCUGCAUUUCUAUGCACCUACCGCCAAAUCAUGGGAGACGAGAGAGACUACGAUUUCAAGGUGCUCCUGGUCACCAUUCAUGUUUAUUCAUAAAAUGUGUCUUUAUCGCAACCUGUCACAUGUGGAUUGUUCAAUUAAUACAUUGUGUGGUAUACAGUACAAUGUGAAAAGAAUAUUGUCUUUAAUGCGCUUUAAUGUUGACAAAGAUGGUUACAAAGCUAAGAUUUGUCCUUUCACCAAGUUAUCUGAAAAGAACUGAAAAAAGAGCCAUUAUGAGUUAGAGAUAUACUGUAUAUGAUAAAAGCUUUUGUCAACAUAUUGCUUCAUGUUUAUACUGAAACAGACAGCAUGAUUUCUUGUGCUUUGGGAAAAAUGGAGCUUGAAUGAAAAUUUGAUUGACAUGCGGACUGAUGUAAAUAAAGGGCGUUUUGGAAGCUGCAUACUUUUUUUCUGCCUUAUUCUGCACAAAAAAAAAUUAUCGGUAUAAUAUCCUCUGUAAUGCACAAGACAUGAAUGAAAAAACGUUCUAGUUAUACAGUUCUCUCUGAUACUAUUUAACUUUUUUGUUCCUAGCUGGCCACCGUUUGUUUCUGUAAAGAUGUAAUCUUUUCAUUGCUGCAUGGAACAUCUGCAUUUUAAUGGGAUUUCUUAUAAAAGAAAAAUAAUGA